GAUCAUGAUCUACAGCUACCCAAUAACUACCGGUUAAUGGAAAGGGUGCAGUGCUGUCGACUCAGCCUUCUGCGCGAGAGCUGAUUUAUACUGGAGUCUGGACACGACUCCGCUUUAGCUGUCUUCACUGACCUCCAUCACGCCAAUACGCAUCCUUUCUAGCUACAUACUACCACUCGCCAUGGCCAAGAUCGAUCACAUACCACCCGCCUCGGACCCCAUCGUCGGCGAUGGGGGUUCCGCUGCUGGCGCCGAGAGCCCCGCGACCGAUGGUUGUGUUGGCGGAGUAAAGAGGAGAACUGAUACAGAAGUCGAAUCGAGCGUGGAUUCCGACGUCAAGCGACGCUGUCUUCCCCAAAGCGGGUCAGAAUCUGCCGCCAUCAAGUGGAAGUGCUUCCGGAUAUCGAACGUCCCGUCGGAGUGGAGUGAGGAUGAUCUACUCGGUUAUCUCGGAAAGCUUGACGCGUCCCUUGGAAACUUAGCCGCCGAUGGCAGUCGAUUGUCGCUGUAUCCAGCGUGCUCCGGGCCAGACAGAGUAGCGUUGCUGAAUGUGAAGAACUGCCCCGAAUACUUCCGCCGGAUACGCCCGGGCGAAUCCAAUUCUGUUCAACAACCCGAUUCGGACCUCGUAAUCGAUAGCCACUUCUACAGCCUGACGCCCCUGAAUAAUCCUGAAGGAUCCAUUGUCGCCGAUGUCGUUGCGGUCACCGGCCUGGCGGGAAAUGCUUUCGGAUCUUGGAGGAAUCGCAGCAGCAACCGCAUGUGGCUCCAAGACUUUCUCCCACGCGAUGUCAAGGAUCUCCGCAUCAUGACGUAUGGCUACAAUACUACUCUCGAGGGACCGAAUACAGUGAAGGGCAGCAUGCUUGAUCACCAAAGGAAGCUCGUUUCCUUGUUGAAGGACGCGAGGUCUUCUCGAGAGAUAAUCGGUUGACUAUUCCCUUCCAAACAGUCAGUGCUGACAUUUAUUUCCAUCCUAGGAGAAGAUUCGCUCAAUCAUCUUUCUUGGGCAUGGGCUUGGAGGAGUGCUCAUAUUGCAGGCACUAUUGCAGUCCAUAGAACAAAUCAUCCACAGCGACCUUUUGGAAGCAACAUGCGCCAUACUGUUCUUCGGGACCCCACAUUAAGGCCUUCGCACAACCGAACUAGAAGUCCUGGUGGAGGGCAUGACCGGCGCCGAGUCACCCUCAUCGGGCCUGUUGCGCCAGCUGCGCGAGGGCUCGGAAUUCCUCCAGACGCAAGCCGAAUGACUUGUCGACGUCUGGAAUCGGUGUAAAGUCGU